AUGCUAAAUAGUUUAAAUAGGUUAACAGAUGUCUUUUUAACAAGACUUAGAUAUUUUUUCGAUUUUUUAACUAAUUUAGUUGAUAGGUAGAUAGAAAAAAUUGGUCCUUAAGGGUAUUACUUGUAUGGGAUUUUGUCAAACACAACAUUUUUCUUAGGUAAUUUGGUUAUCAAGCUCUAUCCUCACAUUGAUUGGAGUAUUUGUAUGCUUAUUCGUGGAAUUGCUACUUUUAUAUUCUCUAAUCUUGUAGCUAUGGCUUACAAAAAGAGUGUAUUAUUUUCAGGAGACGAAAUUAAGUAUGUAAUUUUGCGUAAUUUCCCUAUAACGAUUUAGCAGCUCAUAUUUUAUUUCUCGAUUUCAGUCAUCCCUUUGAAUAUCACAUGGAUAAUUAAUAAUGCAGGGCCAAUAUUUGUUUUUAUAAUAGCCUACUUUAUGCUAGGUUAGCAAAUAAAACCUAGGGAUGUGGCUUUCCUAGCUCUUAGCUUAAUUGGUAUUAAUGUAGUUACUUCUCCUUAAGUAGUUAUUUAGCUUCUUUCCUAUAUCUUCCCUAUUGAUGCAAAUGAAGUUGUAGGCGAAAUGAAUGCCUUCUAAAUGAUUGUUGCCCUUGUAUCAUUUUUAAGUCUUGGAUUGUGGGCAUUUGGUAUAGUAGUAAUUAGACUAUGCAAAAAUGCUUCUUCUUUAGCUGUUAAUGUCAGCUUGGGAGUUCAUAUGAUGGCAUUUGGAGCUAUAGCCUUAAUCUAUAGAUCAGAUCAUAUUACAAUGCCUUCUAUCUCUGAUUUACUAUUUGUAUUCGUCUUUUUAGCUAUACCUGUUUAUCUAAGUUAAAUUCUGUUUAUCCAUGGCACAAUUAUUGCCAAGGAUUAAGGAAAGUUUUCUCUGACCAACUAUAUUCCUGUAUUUUACUCAUAUAUUUACUAAAUUAUCUUUGAAAGCAGGAUACCUCAACUACUAGAAAUAUUUGGAAUAUUCCUCACUUUUUAUGGACUGUAUAAAGUGGUAGUUAAGCCAAAUCCUACCAAAGAAGACGAUAUGAGAGCUAGUAUAUUAACUGAUAAAGAAAUGAUAGAAGAUAUUAAUUUAAGCGUAAAGAAAGAUGAAGAGAUGAAAAUAGUUUCAAAAUCUUGA